CUAUAUGACAUUGAUAAUGUGUGUUUGUUUAUGUUUGUUGUGAAUACAAAAAUCGCCUUCGGACCGAUUUAAAAGUCCAAAAAAAUAGAUAAAUAUUAUUGGAAAAUGCAUUAUCUUGCUUAUCUAAAGUGCUAACACGAUGUCCGCUGAUAAAAGGGUUAUUGUACGUUAGUUUAAUUAGUUAGUAGACCAUCGGUGGUUAAUUGAUAAGUUAAACAUGGUGUUGUUACAAAUAAGUGGUUUUAUCACCUGGAUUUUCAUUCCAUGGAAUGUGCUCUUGCUGUUUAUUAUGGUUUUGGCCGCUAUAGGGAAGUCUGUGGGAGUGAGGAGGCUCUACAUAAAAAUUCUCCUGUAUGUUUUCGAGUUUGGCAGAAAAAGCAUCGAAGCGGCCAAUAAACGCAAACACAGAAGAAUUUUGGCGCAAGACUCCGACUCCUCUGACGAGGGGUACGAGGAGGGCGCGCCAAAAAUUGAAAAUGACUCCAUAAUUAGCAGAUCUGCCGUGAACAAUAACGAAACUGGUCUAAUUUGUCGUGAGAAAGAACUUAUUUUAGUUCCAGAGACCUUACCUGAACCAGAAAAUCAACAUGAUAAAGAGGAAAAGAUCAACUUUGAUAUUAAACACUGGCUAAAGACACUGGAUUACGUUAAAAGUGGUAUUGAGGCAAUCAUAGAAGACCAGGUAACCUCCAGGUUCGAAAUCCAAGAACUAAAAAACUGGAAUUUCUUAACAAGAACAAAUUAUAACUACGAGUUCAUUUCAUAUAAACUUACCAUUCUGUGGAUCAUCGGGUUUUUACUCAGAUAUUUCGUGCUGCUUCCAUUGAGGAUUUACAUGUUUGCCUUCGGGAUUUCUUGGUUAUGCUUCAUUACAACCCUAAUAGGCAACCUACCGGAUUCCGCUGUUAAAAGGUGGUUAAACCAUAGAUGUUACCUAACGGCCCAUAGAAUCCUCACUAGGUCCCUCUCGGCAGUGAUAACGUUCCAUAACCAAGAAUUUAGGCCUCAAAGGGGCUCAAUUUGCGUUGCGAACCACACCAGCCCCAUCGACGCUAUUAUUCUGUCCAAUGACAACUGUUAUUCGUUGAUUGGCCAAAAACACGGAGGAAUCAUCGGCAUAAUCCAAAGAACAUUGCACCGAGCCUCUCCACAUAUCUGGUUUGAAAGGUCAGAAACCAAAGACAGGGGCUUCGUUUUAAGAAGGAUGAGAGAGCAUACCGCUAACCCAAAGAGCCCACCGAUAUUAAUAUUCCCCGAAGGUACUUGUAUCAACAAUACAUCGGUGAUGCAAUUUAAGAAGGGCAGUUUCGAGAUGGACUGCCCCAUUUAUCCUGUUGCCAUAAAAUAUGAUCCCAGGUUUGGAAAUGCCUUUUGGAACAGUAGUAAGUACUCUAUGGCACAGUACCUUUAUAUGAUGAUGACCAGUUGGGCGAUUGUCUGUGACGUCUGGUAUUUACCACCAGUUUAUAGACAAGAGGGGGAAUCUGCAGUUGAUUUUGCCAAUAGAGUAAAACACUUGAUCGCCGAGCAAGGUGGAUUAGUUGAUCUAGUCUGGGAUGGCCAACUGAAAAGGUCAAAACCGAAGAAAGAAUGGAUUGAAAAGCAGCAAAUGAAAUUCAGUAAAGUCUGGAAAUCUGAUUAGGUGCUUAAGGUUUCUAGUUUAAGGUUUUGUUACUUUUACAGUUGUUUUUAUACCUAAAUAUACAGAUAUGACCAUGGUAAAUAGAGCUUAAGAGUGCCAAAGAAUAAUUGUCUUAUUUUAGGUACAAUGUACUAAACAGUAAUAAUGAGUGUUUUUGUCAAGUUGUUUUGACAAUUUAAAGAAAAUGAGUAAUAUAAUCUUUAAGUGAAUGAAUA